AUGGCAGACAGGGAGGCUGUCAACAGGUCAGACAGGGAGGCUGUCAACAAAUCAGACAGGGAGGCUGUCAACAAAUCAGACAAGGCGGCUGUCAACAAGGCCGACAGGGAGGCUAUCAACAAGACAGACAGGGAGGCUGUCAACAAGACAGACAUGGAGGCUGUCAACAUGUCAGACAGGGAGGCUGUCAACAGGUCAGACAGGAAGGCUACCAACAAGUCAGACAGGGAGGCUGUCAACAAGUCAGACAGGGAGGCUGUCAACAUGUCAGACAGGGAGGCUGUCAACAAGUCAGACAUGGAGGUUGUUAGCAAGUCAGACAGGGAGGCUAUCAACAUGUCAGACAGGGAGGCUGUCAACAUGUCAGACCGGGAGGCUGUCAACAUGUCAGACAGGGAGGCUGUCGACAAGACAGAAAUGGAGGCUGUCAAUAAGACAGACAUGGAGGCUGUCAACAAGUCAGACAUGGAGGCUGUCAACAAGUCACACAUGGAGGCUGUCAAGAAGUCACACAGGGAGGCUGUUAACAAGUCACACAGGGAGGCUGUCAACAAGUCACACAGGGAGGCUGUCAAGAAGUCACACAGGGAGGCUGACAACAAGUCAGACAGGGAGGCUGUCAAGAAGUCAGACAGGGAGGCUGUCAACACGUCAGACAGGGAGGCUGUCAACACGUCAGACAGGGAGGCUGUCAACAGGUCAGACAGGAAGGCUGCCAACAAGUCAGACAGGGAGGCUGUCAAGAAAUCAGACAGGGAGGCUGUCAAUACGUCAGACAGGGAGGCUGUCAACAGGUCAGACAGGAAGGCUACCAACAAGUCAGACAGGGAGGCUGCCAACAAGUCAGACAGGGAGGCUGUCAACAAGUCAGACAGGGAGGCUGUCAACAAGUCAGACAGGGAGGCUGUCAACAGGUCAGACAGGGAGGCUGUCAACAAGUCAGACAGGGAGGCUGCCAACAAGUCAGACAGGGAGGCUGUCAACAAGUCAGACAGGGAGGCUGUCAACAAGUCAGACAGGGAGGCUGUCAACAAGUCAGACAUGGAGCCUGUCAACAAGUCAGACAAGGAGGCUGCCAACAAGUCAGACAGGGAGGCUGUCAACAAAUCAGACAAGGAGGCUGUCAACAAGUCAGACAGGGUAACAGCCAACUAG